GCUCUUCAUUAUUUCGUGACGGAAUUAAUAUUAUAGAAGAGCAUUGUCAUUUUUCUAAUUCACAACAUAUCGUCGUCAGAAGAAUCCGUCCAAAAUCGACCAAGAGAAAUACGUUUUUUAGGCGAUUUGAACAAUGUCGCGGACUGCUGCCACACGCCCGAUGCAAGAGACAGAAAGGCGAAUUCGAGCAAAUAAUCGCGAGUACAAUUCACAAUUCAACUAUGCGAACAAUUACAUCAAAACGUCCAAGUAUUCGGUUCUGACGUUCCUGCCAUUGAAUUUGUUUGAGCAAUUUCAAAGGCUCGCCAAUUUUUACUUCCUAUGUCUGCUGGUGCUUCAGAUGAUCCCCGCUAUAUCUUCUCUAACCCCAAUCACCACAGCCAUACCUCUUAUUGGGGUACUCACGCUCACUGCCGUCAAAGAUGCCUACGAUGAUUUUCAACGACAUAGCAGCGAUUCACAAGUUAACAAUCGAAAAUCACGAACUUUACGAGGCACAAACUUACGUGAGGAAAAAUGGUCUCAAGUCCAAGUUGGAGAUGUGAUUAGAAUGGAGAACGAUCAAUUUGUUGCAGCCGAUGUCCUCCUUCUAUCAACCAGCGAGCCUAAUGGUCUCUGUUACAUUGAGACUGCUGAAUUGGAUGGGGAGACAAAUCUCAAGUGUCGACAGUGUUUAGCCGAAACGUCAGAAAUGAUGGAUAAUCAUGAAUUAAUUGGCCAAUUUGAUGGUGAAAUCAUUUGUGAAACGCCCAAUAAUUUGUUGAACAAAUUUGAUGGCACGCUUUUAUGGAGAGGAAAAAAGUACGCUUUAGAUAAUGACAAAAUAAUAUUGCGGGGAUGCGUGCUUCGAAACACCCAAUGGUGCUAUGGCAUGGUGAUCUUUGCAGGCAAGGAUACCAAAUUAAUGCAAAACUCAGGGAAGACCAAGUUUAAGAGAACCUCCAUAGAUAGACUGCUGAAUCUGCUCAUCAUUGGGAUAGUGUUCUUUUUACUUUCCUUGUGUUUAUUUUGUAUGAUUGGCUGUGGUAUUUGGGAAAGUUUAGUUGGACGUUACUUUCAAGUGUAUUUACCAUGGGACUCGCUUGUACCAAGUGAACCGUACGCGGGCGCGACAGUUAUUGCUUUUCUCGUCUUUUUUUCAUACGCCAUCGUUUUAAAUACAGUUGUCCCAAUAAGUUUAUACGUAAGUGUCGAAGUUAUACGAUUUGUACAAUCAUUUCUUAUUAAUUGGGAUGAGGAGAUGUAUUUCGAGCCCACCAAUACACACGCGAAAGCACGGACUACAACAUUAAAUGAAGAAUUGGGCCAAAUUGAAUAUAUAUUCUCCGAUAAAACGGGAACACUAACGCAAAAUAUUAUGACCUUCAAUAAGUGUUCUAUAACCGGUAAAUCCUAUGGAGAUAUCGUCGAUCAAGUUACUGGGGAAAUCAUUGAUCUUACUGAGACGGGCAAAGCAGUGCAGAUGCCAAUUAUCAAGUGGAAGAAUGGACAUGACUUUGUCCGUCAAGUGUAUACUCCUCUUAGUGGCGCAGACACUCAUCUUCUGGGACAAGACGAUAGAAUAUCCAGUCCAACACCCGAAUCGAUCAUCAAUGGUGUUUCCAAAAUUUCUCCUAAACUUUCAGCGGUACUACCCUCGAUAGACUUUUCAUUUAAUAAAGACUACGAGCCGGAAUUUAAAUUCUACGAUAAACAACUACUGGAGGCAGUGAAACGAGAGGAUCCGGAUGUGCACAGUUUUUUUCGACUGCUUGCACUCUGUCAUACUGUGAUGGCAGAGGAGAAGAAUGGUCAUCUUGAAUAUCAAGCUCAAUCACCGGAUGAGGCGGCACUUGUCUCGGCAGCGAGGAAUUUCGGUUUUGUUUUCCGUGAAAGAUCACCGAAUAGUAUCACGAUCGACGUUAUGGGCAAACGUGAAAUAUAUGAACUUCUUUGUAUUUUAGAUUUUAAUAAUGUGAGAAAACGAAUGUCUGUUGUAUUGAGGAAAGAUGGCUUUAUUAGAUUAUAUUGUAAGGGCGCCGAUAACGUUAUUUAUGAGCGUCUAAAACCAGGCAGCGAUGAAGUCAUGACUAAAACACAGGAGCAUCUUAAUAAAUUUGCUGGUGAAGGUUUAAGAACAUUGUGCCUUUCCGUAAGGGAUAUCAACGAAUGUUUUUUUAAUGAUUGGAAACAACGGCAUCACGAUGCAGCGCUUAGUAAUGAAAAUCGUGACGACAAAUUGGACGCAAUUUAUGAAGAAAUCGAAAGGGACAUGACACUCUUGGGAACAACGGCCAUUGAGGAUAAACUUCAGGACGGUGUGCCCCAAACAAUUGCCAAUUUGUCAUUAGCGGGAAUCAAAAUUUGGGUAUUGACUGGUGAUAAGCAAGAAACGGCAAUCAACAUUGGUUACUCGUGUCAGUUAUUAACGGACGAUCUCACUGAUGUCUUCAUUGUGGAUGCAAUUACUUACGAUGGAGUGGAAACUCAGUUGACACGGUAUCUUGAAACAAUAAAAGCAGCUUUCAACCAUGAAAAUAAGCCGGCUCUCUCCAUCGUUACAUUCAGGUGGGACAAGGAAAGUGAAGCAGAUUAUAAUGCUGCUAGAGACGAAGCUGACGAUCACGAAAUGGAACAGGCUGCGUGUUUUGCGAUAGUAAUUAAUGGUCACUCCUUGGUUCAUGCGCUGCAUCCUCAACUAGAAAAACUCUUUUUAGAUGUCUCCAGUCAAUGCAAAUCGGUAAUAUGUUGUCGAGUGACGCCUCUUCAGAAAGCGAUGGUAGUAGAAUUAAUUAAGAAAAGUAAAGAAGCAGUGACGUUGGCUGUUGGCGAUGGAGCAAACGAUGUGUCAAUGAUAAAAACGGCACACAUCGGUGUUGGCAUCAGCGGUCAAGAGGGACUGCAAGCAGUAUUGGCCUCAGAUUAUUCAAUAGGACAAUUUAGGUUUUUGGAGAGACUAUUACUUGUUCAUGGCCGAUGGUCUUAUUACAGAAUGAGCAAGUUUCUUAGGUACUUUUUUUACAAGAAUUUCGCGUUCACCCUAUGCCACAUUUGGUUUGCUUUCUUCUGUGGAUUUAGCGCACAGACUGUUUUCGAUCCAAUGUAUAUUUCCGUGUACAAUUUGUUUUAUACAUCAUUACCCGUUUUGGCUGUUGGUAUAUUCGACCAAGACGUUAACGACAAAAAUAGUUUAAUGUAUCCGAAGUUGUAUACCCCGGGACACCAAAAUUUACUUUUUAACAAAAAGGAAUUCUGUUGGAGUGCUGUUCACGGAUUUUACGCAAGCUGUGUACUCUUUUUGGUGCCUUAUGGGACAUACAAAGACGGAGUAUCGCCGAAAGGCUAUGUACUUUCGGAUCACAUGCUGCUGGGCAGCGUUGUGGCCACAAUAUUAGUCAUUGUUGUGACUAUUCAAAUAGCCCUCGAUACAUCAUAUUGGACAAUUGUAAAUCAUUUUAUGGUGUGGGGUUCUCUUUUUUCCUACUUUGUAAUGGAUUAUUUCUAUAAUUAUGUUAUUGGAGGCAGUUACGCUGGCAGUUUAACAAUGGCAAUGUCGGAAGCAACAUUUUGGUUCACGACACUUAUAUCGUGCAUUAUUCUUGUCAUACCAGUGCUUUCGUGGCGAUUCUUCUUCAUCGAUGUGAGACCAACAUUGUCCGACAGGGUGAGACUGAAGCAGAGAUUAGCACAAUUGCGCUCGCGACAAAGUCAAGAUGUAUUGCGCACACCAUCAACAAGAAGAACGCGUCGCUCAAUACGAUCGGGCUACGCAUUUGCACAUCAAGAAGGUUUCGGCCGACUCAUUACAUCGGGUAAAAUUAUGCGCAAAUUGCCUAAUGGUUCGGACUUUAAAUUUUCUAUGCCAUUUACGAAUAAUGUUACGAAACAAGUUAAUAUUUCCUCCACAUCACCAAAAGAGAGUGCAUCUAAAAAUUCACAAUCCCUGGACACUGUCAAUCUAUAAAAAUUGGUCCCUUAUUUAUUUUUUUAGAAACAAAACAAAAAAAAAAAAAUUCGAAAAAAAUAUGCACAAGAUUUUUUUUUUCUUUUGAAAACUAUAGUUUAUUUCUUGAAUGAAAAUUUAGAAACAAAUCUAUUUUCUCUAAAGCACAAUUUUUUCUAAAGAGAAAAUAAAAAACAAAAACUUAAAGUAAACUAUUUGAAAAAAAAACACCAGUAUUAUUUUUUUGUCAAAUAUAAUUUUGAAACGUCUAGUAACUAGAUAAAAAGGAGAUAUUAUUUAAA